AUGAAAUCAAAAUAUCUCAGCCUAGCCUCACUCAAACACAAGCUUCUCAAACCAUGUAAAAGAAUAGUAAAAUUGCUUGUCAAACUUCGCCCUAGAAAGCCUCUCAAAAUAAAAUCCCUCCGCCUACGCCGCCGCGAGGAGAGGGAGAUGGACCGUUUUACGGAGCUCACUAGCUUCUCGGAUGCUGCUCCGCAGAACAAAGCGCCGCAUCCGUCGCCACUGACGCCGGCGUACAUAAGAAUGAGCCCGGCCGCCGCGAAAGUGGAGGAAAUAGAUGAUCGCGUGGAAGAAGCAUGUAGAAGUUUCGAGAAGUAUGUGGUGGAGAUGAUCGUUGAUGAGAGGAGAGUGAGGGAUUUGGGUGACGUGGAGGAGUUGCUCCACUGGUGGAAGGAGCUUAGGUCGCCGGUUUUCCUUGAUUUGGUGUGCCGCUUUUAUAGGGAGCUUUGCACGGAUUUGUUUUCCAAUAAUCAUUUGGAAACCUAA